GCGUAGGCGCUGAGCUGCGCAGGCGCGGGGCGGUCUUGGUCCCACCAGCCCACAAAGCUGCGCUGCAGGGGAGUAGACGGGCAGAGGCACCUGCGUCCGCUGGCGCAGCUCAGCCAGGUCAGUGACGUCCACGGAGGCGGGGUCCUCAGAGUCGCAGACAUGUCUUUCCUCCAGGACCCAAGUUUCUUUGCCAUGGAUAUGUGGUCCAUCGGUGCAGGAGCUCUGGGGGCUGCAGCUCUGGCACUGCUCCUGGCCAACACAGACAUGUUUCUGUCCAAGCCCCGGCAAGCAGCACUGGAAUAUUUGGAAGACAUAGACCUGAAAACACUGGAGAAAGAACCAAGGACAUUUAAAGCAAAGGAGCUAUGGGAAAAGAACGGGGCUGUGAUUAUGGCUGUGCGAAGGCCAGGCUGCUUCCUCUGCCGAGCGGAGGCAGCAGACCUGUCCUCCCUGAAGCCCAAGCUGGAUGAGCUAGGUGUCCCUCUCUAUGCUGUGGUAAAGGAGCAGAUUGGGGGAGAAGUGAAGGACUUCCAGCCUUACUUCAAAGGGGAAAUAUUUCUGGAUGAAAAAAAAAAAUUCUAUGGUCCAGAGAGGCGGAAGAUGAUGUUCAUGGGCCUCAUCCGUUUGGGUGUCUGGUAUAACUUAUUCCGGGCCUGGAAUGGAGGCUUCUCUGGAAACCUGGAAGGUGAAGGCUUCAUCCUUGGAGGAGUUUUUGUGAUAGGAUCUGGAAAACAGGGCAUUCUUCUUGAGCACCGAGAAAAAGAAUUUGGAGACCAAGUGAACCCACUCUCUGUUCUGGAAGCUGUAAAGAAGAUCAAGCCACAGAUUCCAGCCUCAGGAAAAAGCUGAUCUUGUAUACCUGAGGGAAAAAUGGGGCCUACACAUGUGUUCACCGGGAAGAGCUGUGCUUCCAUUGUGGCCCCAAGAGCUAGGAAGCCAUUGCACCAUAUUCACUAGGAACUGGUGAUACAUUUUAACCUUGUUUUCUGUUUAGGCCCAGUAGGGCUAAUAGGUCCCAGGCAAAACUGAUUAAAAACCUAGCAAAGCAGUGAGAGUUAGUUGAGGAACGAGCUAGAAAAUCCAAGGCUUAAAGUUUACUGGUACACUUCCUUUCAAAUAAAAAUGCCCUCAGUACUGGUUUUUGAAGUAAAUUUUAUUUUCAUGUUUAAUAAAAUCUAAAUUCUGAGAAAAGUGGGGCUAAGAAAUAGCUCAGUGGUAAAGCAUUCACCUAAUAUGUACAAGGCCCUAGAUUGGUACACAGACAGACAGACCGACAGACAGACAGACACACACACACACAUCUAAGAAAAGUCGAUGAUUGACUUGAUAAUUAGAGGCUUCUGAUUGAUGUGUGGUUUUUUUUGUUUGUUUUUGUUUUAACAACUUCAUAUAUAAUCUCAGGCUACCACAUAAAGCAAUUACUGUGUUCUGGUAGAGUUUGGUAAUGGCAAACUACAAAGUGAAGUUUUUUGUGGUCUUCCAUUAUAAGUACUUGUUUCACUGGAAAAAGCUGUCACCUAAUAAAAAUAUACAUGGCUCUAAUAUGGCUCUAAUAAAAAUAUGCAUCAGAAAUCA